ACCCAAACUAGUAAAACUCCUGUUGGUGGGUUGGCCAGUGUUCGCCUGAUAACUUUCCUUAGCAUGCAGAGGAGCGAGUGUCUGAGUCACAAAGCUUUUACCGGAGAGUUUAUCAUCAUACAGCACUCCAGUGAUUUUAAAAGGUUUGGCUCGAAAUGACGACCCAGCAGCCCCCUCUCUCCCAGGAGAUUCUGGCUCAGUGUAACCAGCAGGCCAUGGAACCAUGGGGCUCCCGGAAGCUUCGCCAGAGCCGCCAAGGCUCCAUCUCCACCCUCCGCAGCUCCCUGUCUAGGGACCAACAGCAGCAGCAGCAUCCCCGGUACCCUCUUCUACUCCCGAGGGGCUUCCUCCCUAUCGAGUCCUCAUCCAGGAGCCCCAAUAUCAGCAACCCAAACUCCCCUUUCAUACGCCGGGACUUGGUCGCCCUGACCAAGCGUUUUUCUUUUGGCGGUUGGCUUCAGGGCAGUCGGGCCAGUUUCUCUGGGUUGCCCCUCCAUCAGCCUGUCCAGCUAGAGAACACCUAUAAGACUGAACCAGAGAAGGGAUGUCUUUUUAAAGCCAGUAAGGUCCAGAAGCUUGUGCAAGCCAUGCUGGAUAGUUAUCUGGAUGGGGCCAGCUAUAACGCAGCCUCAGGCAGCCAUCUUAGCCAGAUUCUGUCAGACAUGGUGAAGAGCAAAGUGAAAGAGAUCAGUCCUCCGCGGUACAAGCUGGUGUGUCAGGUGGUGGUGGGGCAGAACAGGAACCAGGGUCUACGAGUGGCCAGUCGCUGUCUUUGGGACUCGCAACAUGAUGACUUUGCAGUUGCCAUGUUCCAAAACCAUUCUCUUUUCACGUUGGUCAUAGUCCAUGGAGUUUAUUGUGAGUGAGUCAUACGCACUGGCAACAACUAUACUGAACAAAAAUAUAAAUGCAACAUGUAAAGUGAUGGUCCCAUGUUUCAUGAGCUGAAACAAAAGCUCCCAGAAAUAUUCCAUAGGUACAAAAAGUUUAUUUCUCUCAAAUUUUGUGCGCAAAUUUGUUGACAUCCUUGUGAGCAUUUGCCAAGUUAAUCCAUCCACCUGAUAGGUGUGGUAUAUCAAGAAGCAGAUUAAAAAGCAUGAUUGUUACACAGGUGAACCUUGUGCUGGGGACAAUAAAAGGCCA